ACCGGGUGCCCAGCCCCUCUCGCCCACCGGCAGCACCCUGGUGUGUCCCUGCUGCUUCGCCUCCCUCAUGCAGCAGUGGCAAAGCUUUGAGUUGGCCAACGUCCCCGUGCUCCAGCGGCUCUACGUGGUGCCCCUCAGUGCCGGUGCCAUGCCCGCCAAGGGCCGGCGAGGGCUGCAGGAGGAGGGGGCAGGCACCCCCCUGGUACCUGAGGCUUGCUACCUCUGCGGGGAGGAGUGCGGCAAGGAGGCGAGGCCGGUGGCAGCCAAGAUCACCAAUGGCAACGCCAAGAGCACCAUGCAUUUCCCCUUCCUCAGCCUCCUACCUUGCCCGCCCAGUGCUCGGGGGCUGAACAAGCACUGGGAGGUGAGCAGCUGCCGCAAGUGCUUCGGGGUCUUGCAGGACCUGUGGGCCAUGUACAGGGCCUGCCACAACGAGGAGCUCAUCACCUCAGUGCAGAGCUUCUUGGGGAGGUACCACCAGGUCUUCUCUGCCGGUGACCCCGGCAGCUUGGCUGGCCACCCCGCUGUCAAGUCUGGUCCCACCUCUGUCUGCUACAUCUGUGGGGCUGAGCUGGGAGCUGGCAAAGAAUUCCAGCUCAACGUCAACCCGCCAGGGCGAUUUGGGGAGAAGGAGCCCUUUUUCCCCUUCCUGACGGUCUACCCGCCUGCCCCACGGGCCAGACCGGCCGACUCAACUGGCCUGGUGUCCACCUGUGUCCUCUGCUACCACGACCUGCUGGGGCAGUGGCUGCAGCAUGAGGGCAGGAACUCCCACCACCCCAGCAGCGCCUGGUCCCGGCAGUACAAAGUGGAGACCUUCGUCUGCUUCUUCUGCCGGCAGGAGAAGAAGCGAUGCCUUGGAUUAAAAGCGGUUCAAGUAGCCAGGCUCCCCGUCUUCCUCUACACCCUCCGCGUGGCCAACAGCUUGCUGGUGGAUGAUGGGAAGCAGCUGACCAUCGGGGCCUGUGCCGAGUGCGGUGCCGUGGUCCUGGCUGGCAAGAGCAUGACCCCACCAGAGCUGCUGGCAGCGGCACCCCCGGCUCUUCUCCCCAAGGUGUCCUCUUCAUCUCUUGAGACAGCUGGUGCCAAGCCUGCCGCCGGCGAGCCCCGGCACCGGGUGGCCAGCACCGGGGAGAGAAGCCCAGGGACGGGCGGCAGUGCUGCCCCGGACGUCGGCCAGCAGACAGCUUUGGAUGUGGAAGGCGCAGACGCUGGAGCCGCAAGCAUGAGCCAUGAGCCGAAGUCGCCGUCCCUAGGAAUGCUCUCCACUGCCACCCGCACCACUGCCACCGUCAGCCCCCUCACCCCCUCGCCCCUCAACGGCUCCAUCGUCCCCAAUGGCAGCCCGGCCGCCAGCAGCACUUUGUCCGUCCAGGCAGCACCUUCCUCCAGCUUUGCCGCCGCGCUCCGCAAGCUCGCCAAGCAAGCCGAGGAGCCCAGAGGGUCCUCGAUAAGCAGCGAGUCGUCCCCAGUCUCCUCGCCGGCCACCAACCACAGCUCCCCUGCCAGCACACCCAAGCGUGGCCCCAUGGGCCCCAUCAUCGUGCCCCCGGGGGGGCACAGUGUGCCCAGCACGCCGCCCGUCGUCACCAUCGCCCCCACCAAGACGGUCAACGGGGUCUGGAGGAGCGAGGGCAGACAGCAAGAAGCGGGGUCACGGGGCAGCAGCAGCAGCAGCAGCCGUGAUCGCCUCAUCUCGGAGCCCCCCCUUGCACAGGAGAAAGCAGGGGGGCCCACUGUGCCCUCCCACCUCUUGGGGACACCCUAUUCCUUUGGGCUGCCCCCCAGCUCCGUGGUCCAGGACUCCCGCUUCCCACCCCUCAACCUGCAGCGGCCGGUCCACCACGUGGUGCCGCCCAGCGCCGUCACCGAGGAUUACCUGCGCAGCUUCCGUCCCUACCACACGGCCGAGGACCUCCGCAUGUCCUCCCUGCCACCCCUCGGCCUGGAUCCAGCCACUGCUGCUGCUUACUACCACCCCAGCUACCUGACACAUCACCCCUUCCCACACCCUGCCUUCAGGAUGGACGACUCGUACUGCCUGUCGGCGCUGCGCUCCCCCUUCUACCCGCUGCCGGCGCCGGGCUCGCUGCCCCCCCUGCACCCCUCAGCCAUGCACCUGCACCUCUCGGGGGUACGGUACCCCCCCGAGCUCUCCCACUCCUCCCUCUCCGCCCUGCAGUCCGAGCGCAUCUCCAGCCUCGCCGCCGAGAGGCUGCAAAUGGACGAGGAGCUGCGGCAGAGGGAGCGGGAGCGGGAGAAGGAGCGGGAGCGAGAAGCCGACCGGGAGCGGGAGAAGGAGCGUGAACGGGAGCGAGAACGGGAGAAAGAGCUGGAGAGGGAAAGGGAAAAGGAGCGGGAACGGGAGCUGGAGAGGCAGCGGGAGCGUGCCCGGGAGAAGGAGCUGAGCAUGGUGAAAGCCCUGGAGGGGCCGUUCCUCCCCGUGGCCGAGCUGCACGCGCUGCGGGGGCACCCGGCUGAGGAGCGGGGCAAGCCGGUCCUGCCAGAGCCGCUGGCACCCGCCAGACCAGAGAAACUGAAGGACUCGGUGCUGCCGACGCCAAAGCCCAUCCAGCACCCGCUGCACCCGCCGCCCGCAUCCCACCACCCCGUGCCCAGCCUCAUCCCCAACCACAGCGUGUUCCCACUGCCGGGGAGCAGCGCGGCCACGGCCCUGCUCAUCCACCGCACCAACGAGGAGGAGAAGUGGCUGGCCCGGCAGCGCCGCCUGCGCCAGGAGAAAGAGGAUCGGCAAUCCCAAGUCUCAGAAUUCCGGCAACAAGUGCUGGAACAGCACCUGGACAUGGGACGUGCCCCGAGCCAGCCUGAACCCGAGCAUCGACCUGAGCACUCCAGGUCGGGAUCGAGCCGCCACGAGCCGAGUGGCCGGGAGCCAGGGCAGCACUUCAGCGGCCCCCCACCGCUCAUCUCCCCCAAGCCCCAGCACCACCCUGUCACCACGUCCCUCUGGAACCCCGUCUCACUGAUGGAGAGUCCCCCCGACCCUCCCCGGCGCCUCCCCGAGCCCCACGCUCUCCAUGGCCACCCAGCCCCCUUCGAGCCCAGUCGUCAGGGCAUCCCGCUGGUGAAGGUGGAGAGGGUCUUCUGCCCCGAGAAGCUGGAGGAGGGGGCAAGGAAGAGGGACACUGUGGAAAAAUACCCCCCAGGACGAGAGCCCAGCGCGCCGGAGCACGGAGGCUUUACCCACGCUCCUUUCCUUGCCGAGCUGGAGAAAUCCACGCAGAGCAUCCUGAGCCAGCAAAGACCCCCAGCCACCCCCUUCGGCGAGGCCACCAAGCCCAGCUCGCCCUACCGGCCCCCCCAGCCCCGCGCCCAGGACCCCAUGUACAUCUACGACGAGUUCGUGCAGCAGCACCGCAGGCUGGUCAGCAAACUGGACCUGGAGGAGCGCCGGCGGCGGGAGGCCCGCGAGAAGGGGUACUAUUAUGACCUGGACGACUCCUGCGACGACAGCGAUGAGGAGGAGGUGCGGGCCCACCUCCGCUGCGUGGCCGAGCAGCCCCCGCUGAAGCUGGACACAUCCUCCGAGAAGCUGGAGUUCCUGCAGCUCUUCGGCCUCACCACGCAGCAGCAGAAGGAGGAAUUGCUGAGCCAGAAGCGGCGCAAGCGGCGGCGGAUGCUGCGGGAGAGGAGCCCCUCGCCGCCCACGGUGCAGAACAAGCGCCGCACGCCCUCCCCGCGCCUCCCGCUCUCCACCCGCUACAGCCCCGACGAGAUGAACAACAGCCCCAACUUCGAGGAGAAGAAACGCUUCCUCACCAUCUUCAACCUCACCCACAUCAGUGCUGAGAAGAGGAAAGACAAGGAGAAGCUGGUGGAGAUGCUCCAGGCCAUGAAGCAGAAGACCACACCAGCCGCCGUGGUGGUGAAGAGCUCCCCACGGGACAGCCCCAGCGGCCCCACCACCGAGCCACCAGUCCCGCCGCUCCUGCUGGAUCCAGAUAAACCCAUGGGCAUCGCUGUCUCCCUGCCGGAGGCACAGAAGACGACAGAGCCAGGCAGGUUAGACCAGCUGAGACCCCAAGAGCUACCAAGGGCCAAGGAACUGGCAGAAAGCCCCCCCCGGCUGAGUGACGGGCACCCUGGAAAGAAGGCGCUGAGCAUCCUCGGCUACGUGAGGGGUCCCCUGCCCAAGGACAUCCCGGUGCCGCUGUCCCACAGCAUGAAUGGCAAGAGCAAGCCCUGGGAGCCCUUCAUUGCUGAGGAGUUUGCCCAUCAGUUCCACGAGUCGGUGCUGCAGUCCACACAGAAGGCGUUGCAGAAGCACAAAGGGGGGACGGCGGCGCUGACGGCCGAGCAGAACCACAAGCUGGACACCUCCAUCCACUACAACAUCCCCGAGCUCCAGGCCUCCAGCCGCCUGGCUGCACCCCCCCACAACGGCACAGCUGAGGGGCCACUGCCCCACCGGGCACUGCCCCCCCUGCCCCGGGACUCUGCCUCCGAGGAGGAGGACGAGGAGGAGGAUGAAGAAGAGGAAGAGGAGGAGGAGUACCCCAGGCCCAAGUGGCAAGGGAUCGAGGCAAUUUUUGAAGCUUACCAGGAACAUAUAGAAGAACAAAACCUGGAGCGCCAAGUGCUGCAGAGCCAGUGCCGGCGGCUGGAGGCCCAGCACUACAGCCUGAGCCUGACGGCAGAGCAGCUUUCGCACAGCAUGGCGGAAUUGAGGACCCAGAAGCAGAAGAUGGUCUCGGAGCGGGAGCGCCUGCAGGCCGAGCUGGAUCACCUGCGGAAGUGCCUUGCCUUGCCUGCAAUGCAGUGGUCUAGGGGUUACUUCAAGGGGUACCCCAGGUGACGCCCCUUGGGCCAGGCCGAGCAUAUAGUCUAGAAAUAAUAAUAAUCUAUUUUAUUACCUUGAAUAUUUAAUAUUUUUCACUGGGAGGUUUGAAGCUAAAAAAAAAAAAAAA